AUGGCCUUGGCGAAUGACUUUAGUAUCUCGGGGACAACGAGAGAUGAGUUUGCAACAUCCGGAUGUCAGGGUGGGCUGGAAGCCCAAAAUCCCCUCUUAGCCCUUCGUUGUCCUUCCUCGCUCCUCAAAUCCUCCAACCCCGUCAACCCCAGCGCUCCACCGGACCGAACCACCUCACAUUGUAAUGACAAACCUCUCCACCCGAUCCCGAUCACCUACUCAACCGUCGCUGCGAGAGCUCUCUUGUUUUACAGACAAGUCCUUUGCAAUGUUACCACUCUAUAA